CUCGGAUCUAACACACGCCGACCUCUCACACUAGAAACAUGUUUUUCGGACAAACGAGUAGAGAAGUAUAAAGAUAUCAAGAAGUCCAUUUUCUUAAAAUCUGCGGUCUGAGUGAAAUAACGUCGUGGUUGGAAAUCUUUAGAGAUGAUGAAACCCAGCGAGCCCAGUGGAUCUGCUUUCCUGAAGGUCGAUCCCGCCUAUAUCCAACAUUGGAAGCAGCUCUUCCCCCAGACCCAGCUGAAAGUCGGUUCAUUGACAGUGAUCCCCAACCAGCUGCAGCCGCUCGACAGAGCUGGCCCGGCGAGCGAGAGCCUCCGCCACCACUCGGGACCUCUCACCUCUUCGGCGUCUUCCACCGUCUCCUCGGCCUCUUCUUCGGCGUGUUCCCUGUCCCUGUCCGGCCUGACCCCAGUUUCUGUGCCGCAGAUCUCCGUGUUAGGGCAGCUCGCGGGUUCCGAUACACCCCUGGCGCUCAACGGCAAUCCGAGCAAAGAGCUGUGUUCACCCGAGAUAGAGAGGACGCGGAGAUUCUCCUUCACUACAGAGGAUCUGGACUAUUAUUUGUACGGACAGCAGAGAAUGGAGAUCAUCCCUCUUAAUAACCAUGGAACCGACCCCAAUAACCGUUGUGACAUGUGUGCUGACAAUCGGAAUGGCGAGUGCCCAAUGCAUGGACCCCUCCACUCACUGCGUCGCCUCGUGGGCACAAGCAGCAGUGCAGGCACAGCUCCACCCGAUGUGCCCUGUGGACUGCGUGAGCUGCCACGAGAGGUGUGCCUGUGUACCAGUACUGUGCCAGGUCUGGGUUAUGGCAUCUGUGCAGCACAACGCAUCCCACAGGGGACCUGGCUUGGACCUUACCAGGGAGUUACCAUCUCCAGGGAAAAGGUGCAGCUGGGAGGCCUCAGAAACAGCCGUCAUCUCUGGGAGAUAUAUGAUCAGGAAGGAUCCCUACAACACUUUAUUGAUGGCAGUGACCCCAACAAGUCAAAUUGGAUGAGGUAUAUCCGAUGUGCAAGACAUUGUGGAGAGCAGAACAUGACAGUUGUCCAGUACAGGUCCUGCAUAUUCUACAGAGCCUGUGAUGAUAUUCCGAGAGGAGUGGAACUUUUGGUCUGGUACAACGAUAGCUACUCAUCAUUCUUUGGGAUCCCCUUUCAGUGCAUUGCACAAGAUGACAAUUAUAACCACUGCCAGACAGGUGGACAGAACUUGAUUGCUAAACGUGACAAGGCAAACCCAACUUUCUUGGCUGUGAAUGUCCCAUCAACUCUUGCUGACGUAAUGACCAGGCAUGAGACAUUACAAUCAUUCAACAAAACUGGCAAACUUCCACCAACGGGCGUUUACCGUUCCCUGAGGUUCCCAGAGACAUCUUGCAGCAAAGUGCUGUCAGACAAAGCAGGGCCGCAUGAAUCCAUGGCCAACCACAUCAACGUGAAGAACCAACGGGUACUGGCAAGUCCAACCUCAACCAGCCAUUUAAGUGGAGAAUUCAGUGACUGGCACCUCUGGAAGUGUGGACAGUGCUUUAAGACCUUCACCCAGCGGAUUCUUCUACAGAUGCAUGUGUGUCCACAAAACCCAGACAGGCCUUACCAAUGUGGACAUUGCUCUCAGUCCUUCUCCCAGCCUUCAGAGUUGAGGAAUCACGUGGUAACUCAUUCUAGUGACAGACCUUUUAAAUGUGGGUACUGUGGACGUGCCUUUGCUGGAGCUACAACAUUGAACAAUCAUAUUCGGACACAUACAGGGGAAAAACCAUUUAAGUGCGAGAAAUGUGAUCGGAGCUUCACACAAGCCACGCAGCUGAGCCGACACCAACGGAUGCCCAACGAGUGCAAGCCAAUAACAGAAAGCACAGAAUCAAUUGAAGUGGAUUAACUGAUUGACUGGCUGGAAUUAAACUGCAAGGAAAGUCAUGAUUAAAUGUCAUGGACACUUAAGCAAAACCAAAGAUUUCCUCUGAGCAACUUUCAAUCAGUCCCAGAAAACCAAAAGCAGUAAUAAAAUAAGUAAGAUGUUAAAAGAUAUUGAUCUUGGCAUGGGAGAGAGAGAAACCAACCAGGAAAAAGAUUAUUUAUUUAUGAUUAGAGAUACGACUCAUUUCAGUGGACAAAGUCAAAUAAUGGGAGACUUGCAAAGAUUCCUAUGCCCAGAAUAUAUUACAUUUCUAAGAACCUUUUAAUUGUUAUUUAAUACCAAAGCAAGAAAAAAUAUUAAUUAGUGGGUUCAGUGACCCACAAUUGUGACUGAGAAUGCACAUUGUUUUAUUGCACCUUUUUAAGCAUGACUUGAGGGACACAGAUCUUCUAUCCUUUUUUCCAGUGGUGAUGUCUACAAGAAAAGCAAGAAAUUGCAUUUUGAAUUAAAGAGUCCCAGAUUUAUUGUAAAAUGCAAAGGUACCUUUUCCUUAUUGGAUUAGGACUCUGUACAAUUCAGACUUCACAAGAACAAAACAGACAAUUUAUCUAUCUUGCUGAUCAGACAUUCGAAAUAUAAAACUGCAUCAAAGCAACAUUAAUUGUAAAUGUAUUGCUGCAGUACUGCUGGCAAUAUGUCUGUCAGCAGAGCUAUGAAAGCCAAUGCACAUAAGUAAGUUUGAACAAAUAUUUGUCCAUAAAUUCUCAGGCAGAAUAAUAGUUCAGCCUAAAUUUGGGCUAAUGGUGAAAUGCUUCUUUUGCUUACAUUAUUCUGCAUGAUUAAUUCUUUGAAACACACCUAUUACUUUAAGCACUAAAAUUAAUGAAAAAGUUUGUUGCUAAACUAGCAAUUUGGCAAAAAUACACCCUAUUUGUAAGGUUAAGUCAUUAGCAGGUUUGUAGUCUAACAUCUUCCUCUCACAGCUUCCAAACAAGAAAGCCUGGCUAUUCUUUCAUGUUCUAAUACAACAGUUGCAGUUGACUAAAAGUGAAUGAAAUUUGGUGAAUCAUAUAACUGGUAUCAGCCUGCUUCCCAUACUGAAGUUGAUGACUGUAUGGGUGGAGAACUAAAUCACGGAUACUGAUUAUUCUUGUUUCAUAUGCAAGUCAAAGAAUGCAUAAUACAUUGUUGUGAGAGAAACAUUGUGAUUCUGUCACAUCAUUCCUUGUCAAGCUCCUGCAGCACAACAGUGCAUUCAGAAUGAAUACUCUAACAUAUAGAGUAACGUUAUGAAUACUUAAGAGUCAUCAGGUUGUAUAUAACACUAUGCAGAACAAAUGAAGUUUGUUCAUUAAUGUUAUUCACCAUUAAACACAAACUUUCCUCAAUUAUAUUACUGCAAUGGGCCAUAUAGGAUCGUACAUCAAAAUGGUUACACAUCUAUGAGUAUGGAACUCUCAGUACUAUUUGCAUUUCCAUUUACUUUCAGUCAUUCUGUUGGACUCAUCAGCUAGAAAACAAAAAUUUUGUGAACAAAAAUUUUGUGGAGAAAAAUUAUGUCACUAUACUCUGAAUACUUGAAAUUAAGAUGCAUAAAAAUAGACUCAGUGCAUCAGGGUUCUAGAAUCACCACAGCACUGGCCGCAGGAUUCAGAUGAUCUCUUUUUUACAUAACCAUUGAGCAAUAUUGUAUUACUGAGAACACUCCUUUUUGGAAUAAGGAGGAGAAGUUAAAAUCACGGUGUUUUAGCCCUUUGGUGGCUGCCAUUACAUUUCUGCACCAUGGCCCUUUGUUUUUAGUUCACUUCCAAUAUACUAAGAAACAUUUGUAAUUACCCAAUAUGAACAUUGAACAUAGAAAAUAUUAUCGAAGUAUUUUCUAUAAAUAGAAUAACAUAGGAAUUAAGUACCACAUUUUGAAAGUUGUUAAGCUUUCAGUUAUUUUCCAACAAUUGAGUAUCCUAUUGACCCACUUCCUUAAUACAUCAUGGCCACUGCAAAGAUUAUUGAAGUUAAAUCCUUCAUACGUUUAUUUUCUGCAGCAUUUCUCUUCUGAAUUUUUUUGACAGGAAUUCUUCCCUGCCUUGUAUAAAGUUAUUUUUUUCAUUGCGAUUUUUAUGUUAAUUUGUGCCAUGAAAUAAUGACAACGAAAAUCAGAAUUUUGGGUGUUACUUGGCCAUCUGGAAACAAUUGAUCAUAAUUCAUACCCAUGCUGGAUACAUAUAAUAAAGACGUGCCAUUGUCAUAAUGUACCACUUAAAGUAUCACAUUUUGAAUAACCCAAAAGCUGAGUAAUGGAACCAGCUUGGAAUUAUGGUUGUCAUAUGUAAGGUCAUUACAAAUAAAAACAAGACAGAAAAAUAAUUAAUGUGUGAAAAAUGCCAUGUUUAGCUGACAAAAAAAAAGUAAUACCAUGAUGGAUAGUGUUAUUUAUUAUUUUGCUCAUUUGCAAUUAUCCAGGCUCUCCUGCAGAAUGAGUUUUUGGAUAUUAAUCCUCCAUUGUGGCAGUUGCAAUGUAAGAGUUAUCCAAAGUCCUAUCUAGAAAUAAUUAAAAUCAUGAUAUAAUCUUAAUGUACAAUUCAGAUAAACAGCACCAUUCAUAUCUUAUCAAUGAUAGCUUCACUAGAGGUUUUCUGGGUGCAAUAGGUAUUAUUAUGGACUAAUUUUUGUUUAAUGAUUCAUAAUCAAUUUUCAUUCAGCUAUUGCUUUUCCUGAGUAUAUUUUAUUACUACAGACUGUUUUCUGAGCAUUUUCUAUUGCAAUAUAAGGAAAGUUCAUUUUUGUACAUUUUGUACAUGGCCAAGAAGUAUUCUAGCUCAAAGCAACAUCAGUAGCUUUAACAGAGUUCCCUAAAGAAAUACACCACAUAAAAAAAUCAAAAGGCUGUAUUAAUCAUCGCCAAAAAAAAGAAAACUUGUGUUUUUAAUAUGAUUUGUAUGAUGUACAUAUGUUUUAAUAUGUCAUUCUUUAGAAAGGUUAGAUGAAUAAAGAACAAAACUAAAUUUAAUAUAUACACAUGGAGUAGAUGUUACCAUUUCAGAGACAAAUACUUCUUAUUUUUUGAUACAACCUGCCUCCACAUAAAACAAUAUUGAAUGACUUGAAGAUGGCCACUCCAAUUACCGAUGCGUUCUGUUGGCUCAGUGACACAGACCAUUUCUUGAACAAAUCACAAGGAAGUUUUACGAUUACUGGUCUACUAACUAAUGGUUUGAAUCUUUGAACACUGGCUGCCCUAUGGCUUUGAUUGAGAUGGAAACCAGGAGGAGGAGCUGCAGAAUGGAGGAGACCUUUUAAUGGCUCUGAGAGUGAUACUUAUCUGUGGGUCACUGAAAAUGA